GCCCACGCAACCCACGCGCUCGCUGUCUGACCCUCCUCGCCGACACCCACGACGACCGCCACCCUACUUCCGCCUUGUCACCCUCUGUAUCACCUACUCAUCUGCUGUACCUCUACUCACUCCUCUGCGUGUACGACAAACGACCCUGGACGCUGUUCAUGACCGAGAACCUCUAUGGGCGCCGGCGGAGCGUGGACGUCGGUGGGCUCGCCCUUGCCCUCAAUGACGGCCAGUCGGGCCAUGGCUGGGGAGGCUGGGAGGACGCAGACGACAGUGGUACGAGAUAUGCCGAAGUCCUGAUUGACGUCCGCGCACACACGGAGAAUAUCGUGAACGUGGAUCCGACGCAGUCGCCCCCGUUUAUUGAGGCGGAGCCCGUGACACGCGAUCGUUUAGUCGAAUCUUUGGGGAGCUGGAACUUUGAACCGCACAAGUUGCCGGAAGAGCAGGUGGUCGCGUGCUCAUAUAUCCUCUUCGAGGCAUUGUUCCGAAUAGAGGGUAUGCAGGAAGCAGUGGGAGUCUCUGUAAACUCUCUUGGAGGCUUCCUGCAACAUCUACGACAUAUGUAUCGCGAACCGAACUCCUAUCACAACUUCCACCACGCAUUGGACGUCUUCCAAGCGACAUAUCACUUCCUAUAUCGAGCGGGGAUGGUGCCACCAGUCUCCAUAGUAUUACAGCCAGACGUACGGACAUGGAGACGAGACCGAGCCAGUACUGACGGCCAUCUAUUGUCAUGUCUAACAGAACAGGAUCUGUUGGCACUUCUUAUCGCUGCAAUAGGCCACGACGCCGGACAUCCGGGUCUGAGCAAUGCCUUCAUGAAAAACGCCAAGACGCCCCUAGCGGUGGUCUAUGACGACAAGUCCGUGCUCGAGCAGAUGCACUACUCACUCGUGCUGCAAGUCAUGCGGCAUAACGGCCUCGCACCACUGCUCGACCGGCCUGGGUCGGGGCAGGCGAUGCGAAAGCUGUUGCUCGGCACCGUGCUCGCGACGGACAUGAGCGUGCACGCGGAGUUCAUGGCGAACUUCCAGGAGCUCGUCGCGGGCCACGACGUAGGUGAGCACAAGCGCAGAGUGCUUGUCUGCCAGGCGUUGAUCAAGUGCGCGGACAUCAGCAACCCCAGCCGGCCGUACAACGUCUCGAAGCACUGGGCGGCUGCUCUUGAGUCAGAGUGGACGAGCCAGCUGUUGUUGGAGCAGCACUUGCACCUUCCUGCGACGGUGAAGCCGUCUGAUCACCCUCUUGGCCAGGCGAAGGGCCAAGUGUUCUUCAUCAGUGCAUUCGCGAAGCCCCUCUUCGAGCUUGUAGCACAAGGCAUCCCAGAGUUGGCAGAGUUUGCCCAGCAAUGCAGAGAAAACCUUGCAAUAUGGACAGAGCGCUCCGAACAACUCACUAUGGGAUCCGAUGAACAAGCGACGCCGGAGUCCAACGCAAUACAGACACAGCGCGUGGAUGAGUUCCUCUCUGCAUUCCCGCCUACAUUACCCGACCGUUUUCGCAUACCGGAGGAGCCAUUAUCGCCACUCCUGUCGAAUCCCUCGAUUUCGUCGUCACACUCAUCUGGCUCCAGCCACUACGAAAGCUGCGAGUCUGGCCCUCCGUCCCCUUCUGCAUUGUCACCCGUGCCCACGCCACAGUCUCCAUCCUUCCCCCACGCGCGCAUUGACAUCAGCACGCCCUCCUCGUCCCAACCCAUGCACAGCCGCCCGCCGAGCAUCACCUCCGUUAGCUCGUACAGCACACAGGCGAACGACGCGACUGCUGCUAUCCGCGCAGCGUACAAGGCAAGCGUGCGCAAGAAGAAGAGCUUCCACCGCAGCUCGUGGAACCCCACUGGGAGCGCGAGCACGGGCGCAGGCAGGGGUUACGCGUUCGCGCAGACGUUCGUGUCGCCCGACGGGCCGGGGUCGCUCACCGCGGACAGCUCGCCCCUGAGUACGCACUCAUCGAGCCCGCUCACGCCGACGUCGCCCGCGACUAUCGCGCCCACGAACCACCGGCCGAGCCCGCUCGGCCCCGCCGCAUGUAGCCAAGAGACAUAGAUGUGCCUGUGCCCUGGACGCUGCGUUGCCCACAUGGACUGACUUGAAGGUCUGAAGCACCGAAGCAUGGCUGUAUCACCUAGUUCUCGCUGUCCGUCUCCGUCUUUUGCUCCUCUCUCCUCUCUCGCUCGGUGUUCGUGUUCGUCGUUUGUGUGGCAUUGGCAUGUACAAGGAGCCGCUCGUUCUGGUCUUCGUCUUCUCUGUGCGUGAUCGGCCCGGCAGGGGUUGUAUGUAGGGUGAUGUUGACUUGUUGGCAGGAGAUCCUCGAGCGCGCCCUUGUUUUGCUGCGCAGUGGGGCUAUACCGAAGUAGCUUGUUGUAUCUUUAGGCCCGUUCCGUUCCUGUGUGCUCAUCUCAAUCAAUUGUGCUAUUCGCCCCCGCU